AUGCGAGCGGUACUGCCGGGGAGACCCCCAGCGAAGCUCCAGUCGUUCAGCACUGCGCUGUGGGAUGGGCUUCGUGUGAUUGCGUACAUCUCCGGCCACGCGCUAGUCAUCCUCGGCGGUCCCCAGACGCUCCUUCAAACGAUCUACGUCGAUGAUACCGAAAAGCUCGAGGCUGUAGUCUUUGACGAGGCUUCUGGAAAGAUCGCUGUGUGUGGAGGGCCUGAUAUCUUCAUAUACCAGCCGUACGGCAUUCAAGGCGAGACACUGAAGUGGUCCCUUGCCUGUACAUUUCGCGCGAAAGAUGACGACGAAUCGAUUCAUACCCUGUCGUGGGGGUCGCCGAACGAGCUGCUGCUGGCGAACCCUGUCAAGUUCGCUCAAUUUUCCCCGGAUGGAGCCUUGGUGGUGACUGUGGGACACUAUGACCGCUUGGUCAAGGUCUGGAGGCGACUUGCUUUUGGUGAGGAUGAAGUACGGUUUGAGGUCUCGUAUCUUCCGCAUCCUGAUGUGGUCACUGGGGUACAUUGGCGACUACCAUACCACCGAGAACAAUCCGUGGAUAAUGUCCUGUAUACCUUGUGUGCCGACAACAAGAUCCGAGUGUGGGCUGUGACCGACCACCAUGCUCUUUCGCCGUUACAAUUAUGGGCAGACAUAGACAUGGAACUCUCGCUACAACCUAGAGAUGCGUCCAGUAUUGACCAAGGGCCGCAACGGAGAUAUGGCUUUUUCUUGGACGGCCGGGACUUCUGUAGCGCGACAGAGCGAGCUGUGGAGCGGAACACAGGCAAUAAGGAAAACCACGCCUUGGAGCAUAUCAUUGAAGUCGCCAGGCAGAGUCCAGAGAUAUGUGUUGUCAUCGAUGGUCAGGGACAUAUGUCCGCCUGGGCUUUGGAAGAUGUGGGCUCCAAAGUCAAAACGAAAAUGAGCGUCUUUAAUAUCCUGCACGUGGAGGGGCUGGAAUUUGGGUUUAUGCCUGGCUUAUCAGCAGCAGAGGACUAUGCUCAAAUUCGCGCUUUCCAAAGCAACACGACCGAAGACAAUCUCAGCAUCGUUGUCCACCACUUUGACGGUCGAAUCGAAUGGUAUGAUUCGCAAGUCGACGUUCUUUUCGAUCCCACUCCUCGCAAGAAUCGAAUUUCUCCGAAAUCAUCUUGGUCUGGGCACACAGCACCAGUUAAGAAGAUCGUGCGAAAUGCUAUUGGUGACACACUUAUUUCGCGUACAGAUGAAAACAAGGCCAUGAUCUGGAGGCAGAGGAAACGGAAAAGUGGCUCGAUGCUUCUGCAUAAAAGUAUCCUUCUCUCUGAUGAGCACAUUCAUCGAACCUGUCUUAUUGAAGACAGUAGCCUCCUCGUCAACCUUCAUCACAAUGGGAUUUCGCUGUGGGAUUUCAACUCUUAUCAUGCCAAGAGGAUUGCACAUUUAUCGUUCACAUUGUCUAGCAAACCUCUAUGUGUGCUUCCACUUCCCACCCCGGAUACGAAAUCAAGGGUUGCCUACGUGGCAACAAUUGGAGCCGACAUGAACGGCAUUGCAUGGGAAAUCAAGUGGAGUACAUCUGAAGGCUGUCAAAUGCGGAAAUUUUGCGCAUUUGAGAUGGGCCUGAAGGAAGAUUUGGCCUACAUCCUCCCGGUGGACCCCGCAGGGCCGAAAGCCAAACAUUCCGGAUUCUUCGACACGUUCUCCCCUGAUAUUGCGCUUUCCUACACUCAUAGUGGAGUUGUGCGAACCUGGACUGCAAAGGUCGACCAGGCCAAUGCUAAGGUCGAGUGGCUGCUGAAGUCAACAGUAGACACAGGGAUUACGAACCCAUCGCUGGCGAGUGGAAGUACUAUCCGCAAGGCAGCGCUGGUGGACGAAAAUCGAACUCACUUGACGAUCUGGGACACUAACAACGCCCAGUUGGAAUUCGAAGAACAUUUUGCCCAACAUGAUAUCAUUCGGGACCUUGACUGGACUUCGACUCCAGACAUGCAGUCCAUUUUGGCUGUUGGAUUCCCCCACAAAGUUGUGCUACUGUCUCAACUUCGCUAUGACUACUUGGAUGCUCAGCCUUCAUGGACCCAGAUCCGAGAGAUUUGGAUCCGAGAUCUCACCCCACACCCCAUUGGCGACUCGUGCUGGCUCACAAAUGGUCAUCUGGUAAUCGGUGCAGGAAAUCAAUUGUUUGUUUAUGACAAGGAUAUCGACAUUGGAGAUCGCCUUGUCUCCGGACUUCGUAUCCCAUCUCGGGGGCUUUCUUCGGUGGAUCUUUUCGAUGUGGUCAGUCGCUUGAAUGGGCCGUUGCCUGUGUUCCACCCACAGUUCCUCGCACAGUGCAUACUUUCUGGAAAGACUAGUCUCGUGCACUCCAUCUUGAUCAACCUGCACAAGAAACUGAAAUUCUACACUGAAGGUGAUGAUCUGGACGGAUUCCUGGAGAUGCCACUCCAAAAUUUCUAUGAAGACAGUGACGUCUCCCAACAAGCGGCUUCCAAAGAAAUGCGCUCCUCCUAUACAGACGUGACAGUUCAAGAAGAGGAAUCAUUUGUCAUGGAUGAAAACACUGCUGCGGUUUUGAACGAGAACUUGGCACGGAUUGCCCUCCCUCAAAUCACCAGCCACGAGCAGUUCCGCCUUGUUGAUACUAUCGAGUGCGUUGCGACGGUAGAAAAACACCGCCGGUCAAUGGAUGAUAACGCCGCGCGCUAUCUCCUAUUCUUCCGACAACAUAUGCUGAGGAGGAGUCAAGGUGUUGCGAAUAAAGAUACUGUUUCAUGGAGAGAGAUCGUCUGGGCUUUCCACAGCGGUAGCCAGGACAUAUUGACGGAUCUUGUCUCACGCCAGUUCAAUGGAAAAUUGACUUGGAAGGCUGCCCGAGAGAGUGGAAUAUUCAUGUGGCUAUCGGACUUGACAGCUCUGAAAGUGCAACUUGAAGUUGUGGCUCGGAAUGAGUAUGGCAAAACUGACGAGAGAAACCCCACUGACUGCACGAUUUACUACCUCGCUCUUGGAAAGAAAAACAUUCUUCAAGGUCUAUGGCGAAUCGCUCACUGGCAUCGUGAACAAGCCGCUACGCAACGCCUACUUGCGAACAACUUCAGUGAAGCAAGGUGGAAGACGUCCGCCCUCAAGAACGCCUACGCACUGCUUGGGAAACGGCGAUUUGAAUAUGCUGCAUCAUUCUUCUUGCUCGCAGACCACCUUCGCGAUGCCACAAAUGUGAUCACCAACCAGAUGGGAGAUCUCCAGCUCGCUAUUGCAGUCGCCCGAGCCUAUGAAGGAGACAAUGGUCCUGUCUUGCGCGAAAUACUGCAAGAAAAGGUUCUCCCCGACGCAGCCUCGGAGGGCAACCGAUGGAUGGCUUCCUGGGCUUUUUGGAUGCUCGGACGACGGGACAUGGCUGUACGGUCACUUAUUUCACCAAUUGAGUCACUACUAGCACCAACGCCCGCCUCCCCAGGAAGUCCUGGACGAGUCACACUUCAGUCCAAGUCAUACCUCUCCAAUGACCCCGCCCUGGUCGUCCUCUACCAGCAGCUACGAGAGAAGACUCUUCAGACUCUCAAGGGAGCCUCCCAAGUCCGUCCACGGGAAGAAUGGGAAUUUGUUCUUCGCAAUGCCCGCCUGUACGACCGGAUGGGCUGUGACCUCCUCGCUUUGGACCUAGUACGACACUGGGAAUUCCUUGGCGGGCCACCCACACCUAGGACUUUGCAAACACAGCCUGCUCUCGAUUUCCACGAUGGUGGUGUUGAUUAUCGGAAAAUGCUUCGCCGGCGGAGUAGUCUCGUCGUUGCUGAUUUGCCGGUCCGUCUUGCAGAGGCCGCGAAGGUUUCCGCUGAUGCUAAGGAUAGUUCUGCUGUGGAGGACUCGCAUAAGCAGGCGAAGCCGAAACCACCUCCGACAAUGUUCCAUGAGCCUGAUGCUAAUUCUUUGCUGGAUAGCUUUGGUUUUUAA